AUGCUCUCCUCGUUACAAUUCGCUGUUCUAUCCCUGCUACUCGCCGUUUCAUUUCUCGAGCUUGCAAGAGGGGCUAUUCCGGUUCAAGGCGGCGAUUUUUAUCUUCCAGGGCGAGGUCCAAGCGGCGCAGUCAAAGAAGCAAAGCGAACUGGUCACAAUCUAAGCUCUCGAGCUCCUGGAGAUGAUCCCCAGUCGUCUUUGACGCUCAACGAGACACAAGUGCAGCAAGCCCUUACGAACAGCGGUCUCAACGCCAGUGACCCUGCCUUGACAGCAUCUCUCACGUCGGAGAACAAUUUUAUCAACUUUUGUAUGACCCAAGAUGUCGCCCUGACCAAUGGCGCCCAGAAUGCGAACGGGUCCUGCAAUCCGACACCGAUGGGCCGUCUACUUGCUCGGAACAAAAUGCCCUCUUCAAAGUUCAAGUACCCAAAAAACGGGUCCCUGCUAAUUGCAAACACCACGUUUACCGUCCAGCUGACCGUUCGUAAUUUUGAGACUGGCUUGUAUUCCAAUGCGGAGACCAACUUUUUCUCAGCGCCACAGACAACCAAUGCUGAUGGAUUCCUGCGGGGACAUAGCCAUAUCGUUAUCGAAAAAGUCGCUUCCUACACCUCUGAGGAGCCCUUGGACCCUUCUGUUUUUACCUUCUUCAAAGCAAUGAACGCCGAGGCCGAUAACAAUGUUCUAUCGGUCACCGUCACGAAUGGCCUACAACCCGGCGUGUACAGACUGGCAUCCAUCAGUACGGCCAUUAAUCAUCAGCCUGUCCUGAUAGGGGUUGCCCAGCAUGGUCAUGUCGAUGAUAUGGUUUACUUCCGUGUCGCUUCGGGGGUUGUUCUGCAAUAA